AUGACUUAUCAGCACGCCUAUAUUGUCGGCAAGAGUCCCUCGACGGCGCUGCCUGAUGUCAUCAGCGUCUACAACUCUAGAAGGGCCAGAAAGCCCUACCGAGUGAUGGCCACUUUAGACGUUAAGGGCGCUUUUGACAACUGCAAUUGGAGUCUGACAAUGUCCGAAGUUAGAAAGUGUAUGCCAGAGCCGUUGGUCGAAUUAUUGACAAGCUACUUACAAGGGAGAGUAGCUAACCUAUGUGUGGACGGAAGGACAAUCAGGAGGAAACUGAUCCACGGCUUCCAACAAGGAUCUGCGCUGGGACCUAGACUUUGGAACUUGAGCUGUUCGUCGAUCAUAGAAGAGAUCAACCAGACACUACCGGCAGGCUGUCGCUGUGCGGCCUCCGCAGAUGACAUAAUUCUCAUUAUAACAGCAGCAUCGGAGAGGGUACUCCUGGCCUUCCUGAAGGGGGCAAUCAACCGUAUCAAGGAAUGGGCAGGACAUAACAACAUGAUGUCCCAAGAACACUUGGCCAUCAUGGAUUAA